GUCCGUUGAAAAGAGCGAGGUGGGGGGGAAGCACGUCAAGCUCUGCUCUCUAGCUAGACGGCUCGGGCGAUCAGAGCUUGUGCUGGUACAUUUCAUUUAGCUCAGCCGGAGAAGAAGAACAUCAUUUUAGACCAGCAGAGAAAGAGAUUUCAACCGACUCUUGCACAGUGAGCGGACCAGACAGCAGAUCUCUCGUCUCCUUUCUCUUCAGCAGGCUGAUAAGGAAACCCAGAUGGACCACAGGAACGUGUCUGAUGACAAGCCCGUUCAGCGUUCUAAGUCUUUCAGUUUCAAGACACAGAAGGAGACCUGUGCAUCAUGUGAGAAGACGGUGUAUCCGAUGGAGAGAUUGGUGGCCAACAACCUCAUCUUCCACGCCACAUGCUUCUGCUGCAAGCACUGCAACACCAAACUCAGUCUGGGAACCUAUGCAGCACUGCAGGGGGAGUUUUACUGCAAACCACACUUCCAGCAGCUCUUCAAGAGUAAAGGGAACUACGACGAGGGCUUCGGACGCAAGCAGCAUAAGGAGCUCUGGGCCUCCAAGGAUGCAGAGAGCAUCACCAAGUCGGCAUAACCCUCAGUGAUUUCCAAAACUCACGUCUCCCUCCACUGGCCAAUGAUGAUGACCCUUUAUUUACUCUGCCCACAUCUUUGACACACAAUAAAUACACACACGUAGACACACUUGAGCCAGGCU